UUCACACAUUUAGCAACUAAACUAUAAAUUUGACCUCAAUGAAAAAAAGUAUUUGCAAAAAUUUCGUGUUCUGUUAUAAAUGCUGGUGAAAUGUCUGUUGUAAUUGAAACCACGAUAGGUGAUAUUACCGUCGAUCUUUUUGUGGACGAGCGUCCGAUUGCUUGCUUAAACUUCAUUAAGCUUUGCAAAAUUAAGUACUAUAAUUUUAAUUUAUUCCACACCAUCGAACGCGGUUUCAUUGCGCAGACCGGUGAUCCUACUGGUGCGGGAAACGGCGGUAGCUCUAUUUGGGGCCAGCUCGAUGGAACUGAAAAACGAUUUUUUGAAACUGAAACAAUGCCAAAGAUUUAUCAUGAAUCUGCUGGACUACUAUCACUUGUGUCUGCGGGAAAAAAAUUAGUUGGAUCGCAAUUUUUCUUUACAUUGGCGCCAAAUUUAUCUUCACUGGAUGGCACACAUUGCGUUAUUGGCGAAGUAGUUGAAGGUCACGAAAUAUUAAGGAAAUUGAAUGAGACUAUUGUCGAUGAGAACUUUCGUCCAUAUCAAGACAUACGUAUAACCCAUACAGUCAUAUUAGAGGAUCCUUUCCCAGAUCCACGUAAUUUAAAGUUACCAAGUCGUUCGCCAUCGCCAAAUCCCCAACGCUUUCAAAAUGGUCGUAUUGCAGCAGACGAAGAUAUUGACGAUACGGAUGGGAAAACAGCCGAAGAGUUACAGGAAAUGCUUUCAGAGCGGGAAGCAAAAGCUCGUGCCACCAUCCUUGAGAUUGUUGGAGACUUACCCGACGCAGAAAUGGCACCACCUGAAAAUGUACUCUUUGUUUGUAAAUUGAAUCCAGUAACAACAGACGAUGAUUUAGAAAUCAUAUUUAGCCGUUUCGGUAAGGUAAAAAGUUGUGAAGUUAUUCGUGAUAGAAAAACCGGCGACUCUUUGCAGUAUGCAUUUGUUGAAUUUGAGGAUCAGAAAUCGUGUGAAGCGGCUUAUUUUAAGAUGGACAACGUGCUCAUUGACGAUCGUCGAAUCCACGUAGACUUUUCUCAGUCAGUUGCGAAAGUAAAAUGGCGAGGAAAGGGUCGUGGAGUUGAAGGCUCCUUAAAAAAUAGGGACUUUGAUAAUUUACGGGAACCGAGCUGGAAACAGGAAAGGGACAAUCGAAAGCGAAACGGCGAUGACCGCGAUAACACUAAACGAAUGAGCUCGACUGAACGCCGAUUAGCACGAGAAGAGCGCCAUCGGGAACAACACGAUCGGGAACGCAAAGAAAAGCAUAAAUAUGAACGGGAUCAUCAUUCGAGUUAUCACAGCCAGCAUCGUAGGCAAGAACGACGUGUUGAUGGAAAUACCGCACGUCAACGCAGACGUUCACGUGAGCAUUAUCGGCAGUCACGUAGUCGUAGUGGAGAGCGAGUGAGAAAAUAUUCUCCUGACAGCCAACGACGCGAUAAGCACUCUAAAUCUACAGACAGAAGGCGAAAUAACCCAGAGGAAACAAAGCAGCGACAUUAUGUUGAUCACAUUAGUAACGAAAAACAAGUGGAUAAGAAACGACUGCCCGUAAGAAGUGACGACAGAUCCAAGAAACCCAAAUCAAAAUCGAAAUGCAGUAAAAGAGUAAGCACAUCCACAAGUGAUGACACCGAUAGUUCUAGUAGUGAGUCUGAGACGGAAUCAUCUAGCACAGACACCAGUACUACCAGCAGCGAUGAAUCUAGUGAUGCUUCCAAUAAGAGAAGACGCCACGGACGUAAACGUAAAGUUUCAAAAAAGAAAAGCUCUAAAAGAAAGUCACAUAAAAGAAGAAACAGACAUAAGAAAUAAAGGAAUUUACUUAAGAAUAA